AUGAAUUUCUUAGCUGUUGAGUCAAUGUCAGAUUGGUCUGCUAGUGAAAACGCGGAAAUGGUUUUUGUUAAUUUAUUUGAUAAAACAAAUUCUCUUGAAACUGAUGAAAUUAGUACCAACAGCAAUUUGAAAAGGUUUUAUAUUCCUACAGACCAAGAAUUGAAUGAUGAAACCAAUUUCGAUGGUGAUGUUAAAGAUAUAGCAAAUGAAGAACGAUUAGAAAUUGAAUUACGAUUUCAACAAGAUAUAUCAAACUUUGCAGAAAAUUUAUUUGAUAAAAACAAAUAUCCAAAUUUAUGGCAGACACUGUCGGGCAAGAUCAAACAAAUUCAAGAUACCAAUAAUAAACUUAAAGUUUCUUGGAUAGCAUUAAAUGAUGAUAAGAGUGUAACUGUGUCGCUUCCUAGUGAAAAAAAUUACGCUGGUGGUCUUGAUGAUAUGGAUAAUGAUGGUCGGGUUUGUGAAAUACCAGCUGACACUAACAAAAAUAAAACUAAUAUUGAAAAAGGCAAGUGGUUUUCAGGUAUAAACCCAGGAAAAAAUUCACUAGAUAGUUUAAUUGAAAAAAUAUGUGAAGAUUGUGACAUUAAUAUUGGUAAGCGACACAUAGUAAAUCAUUCCAUGAAAACAACUGAUAUAAUUCAAUUAACAAAAUUAGGUGUUCCUUUUAAUGAAAUUAUUAUGGUAUAUGGCGGGUGCUGUUUACUUGCUGGUUUAACUGGUAUUAAAGCAGAUGUUGAAUCAUGUAAUGAAGAUGUUGAUGAUUAUGCAUCAUCAACAGGUAAAAAGAAAUUUUUUUGA